AUGAAUAAUGACACCGUCUACACAGCAAGCGAAGAGACUUGGGCAGUGCCCACAGAUGAAAUUAACAUCAGCGGUUACAAGGCGGUUGCACGUGUUGACUGCACGGGAUCGGCAAGAAGAGCCUGUGGAGCACGCUGCUUGGCAUCGCAGCGCCUGCUGGGUGAUAACCGCAACCCAUCCUCCAUAAGAACUGGAGAAAAUGAGGACCGGGUAGAUGUAACUGUUUUAAAACUACGCAAUUUGCUCAUUGCAGGAGCAUACGCAAAUCCUGCGAAGUGCCAGCUGUGA